CGCACAGAAAGAGCAGGGUUACCGUCUGGGCUGGACCGUCAAAGAUACAGCCUCCUCAGCAACAUUGCGCACCGCUCGGGGGCCGGGGCUCCGCGUGUCUGGCUCCGCUCCCUCGCCUCCUUCUCCUUCUUCUUCUCCUUCUUCAUCCUCUGCCUCCUCCUGACUUGGUUUUUUCCCCCCAUUUAUUCUGACUGCAUGUUCAGCCACACCGCCUCCCUCUGCAAAUUCACUUCGGCUCCGCCGCAGCUCCGCCGAGCAUGGACAGCCGGGUUCUCGAGCAUCCUCACGCCCAGUUCGGCGGCUCCCUGGGCGGGCUGGUGGGCUUCCCCUACCCGCUCGGUUCCCACCACCACCACAGCCACCACCACCACCAGCACGUCUACGAGCUGGCGAGCGGACACCAGCUGCAGUCCGCGGCCGCCGUGCCCUUCUCUAUAGACGGAUUAUUAAACGGCUCCUGCUCGGCCUCCGUGGUCACCUCCAGCCCUUUGCUUUCCUCUGACAGCCAGCAGUUCAAACUAUCAGAUUCUGGAGACCCGGAUAAGGACAGUCCAGGUUGCAAAAGAAGGAGAACCAGGACGAAUUUCACCGGCUGGCAGCUGGAGGAGCUGGAGAAGGCUUUCAACGAGAGUCACUAUCCGGACGUGUUCAUGCGGGAGGCGCUGGCGCUCAGGCUUGACCUCGUCGAGUCCAGGGUUCAGGUGUGGUUUCAAAACAGACGAGCUAAAUGGAGGAAAAAGGAGAACACAAAGAAGGGCCCCGGGCGGCCCGCUCACAACUCCCACCCGACCACCUGCAGCGGCGAGCCCAUGGACCCCGAGGAGAUCGCGCGGAGGGAGCGCGAGCGGGCCGAGAAGAAGAAACGGAAACAGGAGAGGAAGCUGCUGAAGUCGCAGAACAAGCUCCUGACAGGCGAGAGCUUCCACACGCCCGGGGGCUCCGAGAGCGACAGCGGCGUGUCGCAGUUCACCGACAGCGAGCAGCAGCCGCCCUCGAACCUCAGCGGGAGCGUGAGCGUGGAGCUACCGGCGUCGAGGGGCCACCAAACCGAAUCCAGCUGCGACCAAACGCGACACGACUUCGGCCCGCUGCAAAACCAGCCAAACCAAAGAAGCGCCGGGGAGCCGGAACAGGUUUCCCCGGGCAGCACGCGCAGCUCCAGCCCUGGAGGCCCGAGGUCGUCCGCCGUGCAGAAACGAAACCCUUUCAGCGUGGAGAGCCUCCUUUCUGACACCAUGCCACGGCGGAAAUCCCAACUGGACUAUCCCUCUCUGCCCAACCAGAGGACACUGGUGGGUAAGGGCCACUUCCUGCUUUACCCCAUCACCCAUCAGCCUUUGGGCUUUUUAGUGCCCCAAACCGCCCUUAAGGCCGCUCCGUGUCAGGAGAACUCUGACAGAAUCACCCUGGGACAAAGGUGCACGCCAAGCGAAGGGAGCCCGGCUCCCUCUGACCUCUCCGCCUUUGGCAGCGCCGGCCCCCAUUUGAACUCGGACCAUACGGAGCAUACGCACCACAAUCACAUUAGCAGCAGAGCGGAGGCGGGUGAUACGAGGGACUGUGUCGGCGACUGCAAAAAGGCAGCCUUCCCGGGUUCUCCCGCGUCCGACAGCGCGGAUCGGACGGUUCUGGUCAGCGAGGACGGGGGGGCUAAAGCCCAAACAGAGGCCGAGGCCGCCCAGCACUGUUCAAAAGAAAGGGGGGCAAGAGAGGAGCGAGGGUCUCCAGACCUCUCCGAGGCAAACACAGACUGUGGAGAAACACCAGGAGCAGAUGGAGAGGAUGUCGAUAUGGACUAACACUUUCAAGGAGCAAAUACAAACAAAGGACCACGGACAGCGCUCCGACUAGUUCAAACAUUCCCAAAGCUCUGCCGAGACACUCUGAAACAUAUCAGGAAUCAGGAGACUUGAUCUUGUCUAUUUUUUAAUCAGAAGGUGUGAUGAGCCCAGCCUUCGAGCCCCCGUUUUAGAAGCAGGUUUUUUUUUUUUUCGCUCUUCUUUUUUUUCCAUCUUCCCUUUUUGUUUUUGUUUUUUGUUCACAGCUUGUACGAAAAAACUAGGCUUCAAUAAAACAUACACAACAAAAAUCCUCAGAUAUUGUAAAAAGACGAGAAAAUGAUAUUUAUAUGUAAACAUUUUGAUAAAUAAAAGUUAUCGUUUUAAUUGAA